GAGAGGCAGUCUCUUCUCUCUCUCCGAACUCUUGGGAGAUUUUUUUGAUCUUCAGCUACAUUUUCAGCUUUGCGAGAAACCUUAUCAUCAAAGGAAAUGAUUAGCAAUGUUACCAACAAGACAGAUCCUCAAUCCAUGAAUUCCCGUUUAUUCAUUGGGAAUCUCAAAACACUUGUGGUCAAGAAGUCUGAUGUGGAGGCAAUCUUUUCAAAGUAUGGCAAAAUUGUGGGUUGCUCUGUGCAUAAGGGCUUUGCCUUCAUUCAAUAUGUUAACGAAAGAAAUGCCCGGGCUGCUGUAGCUGGAGAAGAUGGCAGAAUGAUUGCUGCCCUGGUUUUAGAUAUUAAUCUGGCUGCAGAGCCAAAAGUGAACCGAGAAAAAGCAGGUGUCAAACGAUCUGCAGCGGAGAUGUACGGUUCCUCAUUUGACUUGGACUAUGACUUUCGGCGGGAUUACUAUGACAGGAUGUGUUCCUCCUCCUGCUCCUGCUCCUGCUCCUGCUCCUGCUCCUGCUCUGCUCCUCCUCCUCCUCCUCCUCCUCCUCCUCCUCCUCCUUCUCCUCCUCCUCCUCCUAUUGCUAGAGCUGUGGUGCCUUCUAAACGCCAGCGUGUUUCCGGAAACACCUCUCGAAGGGGCAAAAAUGGAUUUAAUUCAAAGAGUGGACAACGGGGAUGUUCAUCCAAGUCUGGAAAGUUGAAAGGAGAUGACCUUCAGGCCAUUAAGAAGGAGCUGACUCAGAUAAAACAAAAAGUGGAUUCUCUGCUGGAAAGCCUGGAAAAAAUUGAAAAGGAACAGAGCAAACAAGCAGAAAUGAAGAAUGAAAAGUCUGAAGAAGAACAGAGCAGUGCCUCUGUGAAAAAAUAUGAGACCAAUGUGAAGAUGGAGUCUGAGGCAGGUGCAGAUGACUCUGCUGAGGACGGUGACCUGGUGGAUGACGAUGACAAUGAAGGGGGGGAUGACCAGCUGGAAUUGACCAGCUGGAAUUUUGAUACCUCUUUGACUUAA